UAUCAGCUGCAUUUUUAACCCAAGCCUGCCUUUCUCUUCUAUUCCUUUGGUUCUUGUUUCUUCUGGAUUUUGAGUAAUCUGAGGGAUUUUUCUGUUCCAUGUGUGUUCAAAUUUAGGCAUGGAAAGGGCCAUUUGCUUGGUCUGAUGUUUGAUUUGAAGUGUCAGGCUGCACCUACCUCACCUUCAGCCCAAGUAACUCCACAUCCCAUGGCAUUGCUAAUCAGGGAAAUCAGAAAUAUUCUGACAUCAGCUGCAUUUUUAACCCAAGCCUUCCUUUCUCUUCUGUUCCUCUGGUUCUUGUUUCUUCUGGAUUUUGAGUAAUCUGAGGGAUUUUUCUGUUCCAUGUGUGUUCAGGUUUGGGCAUGGAAUGGGCAAUCAAAAUAUUCUGUCAUCAGUUGCAUUUUUAAGGCAGGCCUGCCUUUCUCUUCCAUUCCUUUGGCUCUUGUUUCUGUGAUCUAAUGGAUUUGUGAGUAAUCUGAGGGAUUGUUGUGUUCAAAUGUAGGCAUGGAAUGGGCUGUUUUCUUUGUCUGUCACUUGUUUCUUGUUCCCUCAGCCCAGCAGAGCAGUGCUGGUUAUUCCAUGGUGAUUCCAUUGCUCUGGUGCUCUGUUACUGCUUUGGAGCAUUAAUUCUUGAUUAUUUAUGGAAUUGUCACUCUGCUGUAGUGGCCAAACCUCCUCCUUUCAGCACCUGGUUAUUAACAGGAGAUCUCAUUGUUCCUGAGGUAUUUCUGAGACCUUUUCAAGCCAGCCCAUCCAUACCAACAGCUCCAAUCUUUGUUUUCAGAAUCUUUAUUGACCCCCAGGCAAGGAGGUGCCAUUGAUCAUUGCCUGAACAAAUCUGAGUUCUGCAGGUUCUCCAGGACCUGGAGGGAGUCAGGGCACACCACACCCCUUCCAAGGAACCGUGUUUGUUUGCUUGGAAGGAUUUAUCCAAGAGGGUUUUGUGCUUGGUCACAUUCCAGCAAAGCCCAACAAAGGCACAUUGACACUUUCCUGACUUACAGAGACAUUUCCUGGUAUGACCAUCCUCAAAAUGGAGCCUGUCCCCUUCUCCUUUCAUCAUCCCAUAACUUCUCCCUUCUCUUUUUGUGGGCAUGGCUGCAGGGCUCUGUUUGGGGAGAUUAACUUGGGGGGUGGUGGACUGGAGGCAUCUUCUUGGUUAUUAUGGAAUUUCCAGUCUGUGUGUUGUUGUCUGAAGGGACUCACUGAGAACUCCCAGUCUGUGCUGGCUUUUUGUGGUGAACACUUUGCUUUGUUGUUAGAGGAUAGAUUUUAAUGUGAAGUUUAAUUUUAAAUUGUGAGAGGCUCCUGUGGAAGGCUGUGAAUGCCCCAGUUCCAGCUGAAGAAGUGAGGAGUGGUGGUGCACAGCUGAGCUUGUUGAUGGCUGAGUAUCCCACAGAGAUGUCACUGGGGACUGGGGGACUGACUCUGGGAUUUUCUUCUGCACUCAGGUGCUGUCACUCACCCCAAAGCUUUGCUUGUUCACCUGUUUGCUCCCCGCUAGGCUGAACUUGAUCAGCAGCAUUUCCAGGCACAGCAGAUGUUCUGUCUGGGUUGUUUUCCUCAGCCCCUGCUGCUGCCUGAACUUGUGACCUGGCACCAGAUGCCACCCUGCAGGUGCCUGUGCUGGGGUUGUGCCUCUCCCACCUCACCUGUGCCACUUCUGGUCCCACCAGGCUCCUUCUCUGCUGUCUCUUUGCUCCUGGGUGCAGUGAAGCAUCAGGGAGAAGCCAGGGUGUUGUGGUUGCCUGAAGGGUCAGUCCCUAAAAAUGCUGUGCUCAGACACAAGUGUGUGUGUUUAAAAUGACAGCUGAGGGUCCAGGUCCUUAGUUUAAGUGAAGUUGUAAACCACAAAGCUGUGAGAUCUCAAACUGGUGUGGGGGUAAGAAGUGAGCAGAGUGUUUCUGGUCCUUCCAGGCUCCUUCUCUGCUGUUUCUUUGCUCCUGGCUGCAGUGAGGCAUCAGGGAGAAGCCAGGGUGUUGUGCUGGCUGCUCUCUGAAGGAUCAGUCCCUAAAAAUGCUGUGCUCAGGCACAAUGUGUGUGUUUAGAAUAACAGCUGAGGGUCUAGAUCCUCCUUUUAAGUGAAGAUCUGAGAUCUCAAACUGGUGUGGGGGUAAGAAGUGAGCAGAGUGCUCCUGGUCCUUCCAGGCUCCUUCUCUGCUGUUUCUUUGCUCCUGGGUGCAGUGAAGCAUCAGGGAGAUGUGGCUGGCUGCUCCCUGAAGGGCCUCUGUUGGCCGGCAGAGCCCCAGGGUGGUUCCAUACCCAGCCCGUGGUCUGUGUCCUGGAGAGCCCUCCCUUCAGAGCGCUGCAGUUGUGUCAAUGGGCUCAGCUGAUCAUCGACUGAACCUGGCAGAGAUCCUUUCCCAGAACUAUGGUGUGAGGGAAGAGAGGGAGGAAGAUGAUGCUCAGGAGAAGCAGAAAUCUUUAGAAGAGCUGGAGAAGAGUUUCAGUGCCUCUCAGAGCAGUGAAAUGCCAUUUGAGGAGCUGCUUGCACUGUAUGGCUAUGAGGCAUCAGAUCCCAUCUCGGAGCAGGACAGUGAGAGCAAUGACAUCACUCCCAACCUCCCUGACAUGACUCUGGAUAAGGAACAAAUAGCGAAGGAUUUGCUUUCAGGGGAAGAAGAGGAGGAGACACAAUCCUCAGCUGAUGAUCUGACUCCAUCCGUCACGUCCCACGAUGCUUCGGACCUAUUCCCAAACCAGCCUGGCUCAAACAACUUCCUUGCUGAUGAAGACAAAGAGCCAUGUUCAUCACCAUGUGCUUCCUCCAUGGCUGAGGACUCAGAGGUGGAUUCCAUCCCAUCCAAUGAGUGUAAGAAGGAGAUCAUGGUUGGACCUCAGUACCAGGCCACUGUUCCCAUCCUCCGUUUGAACAGGCACAGGCAGAAAGUGCUUUUUCUGUUAGCCUAUGAGAAUGAAGAUCAGCUGCUUUGGGACCCAAACAUCCUCCCUGAGAGGGAGGUGGAAGAGUUCCUGUACCGAGCUGUGAAGCGCCAGUGGGACGAGCUGGCUGGCAGCAGCCUGCCUGAGGGAGAGGUGGUCAAAGACAACGAGCAGGCUUUGUAUGAGCUGGUGAAAUGCAACUUCAAUGCAGAAGAGGCACUGAGGAGGUUACGGUUCAACGUGAAGGUUAUCAGAGAUGAGCUUUGUGCCUGGAGCGAGGAAGAAUGUAGAAAUUUUGAGCAUGGCUUUAGGGUCCAUGGGAAAAACUUUCACCUUAUCCAAGCCAACAAGGUCCGCACGCGGUCGGUGGGCGAGUGCGUGGAGUAUUAUUACAUGUGGAAAAAAUCAGAACGUUAUGACUACUUCACUCAGCAGACUCGUCUAGGAAGGAAGAAGUACGUCCUCCACCCUGGAGCCACGUGCGUGGAAUAUUCUCACACUAAAAUUAGUAAUGUUAACCUCCCCGUGAAGAUUCCUGCUGCAAAGCACCUCCGCUUAACAGACUGCGCUUUCUUCUCCAGAAGGGAUUUCACUGACAAUGACCUGGAUGGGGUUGAAGUGGAAAACACAAAUCGUUCUCGGAGCUCCCCACCAAUUCCCUCUGCAGCUGGCUGCCUGGAUGCUCACUUUGGGCAGGAUCAGAUUGCAAUUGAGAGCACAGAGCCCCUGAGCGUGGAGAGCACAGCCUGCAGCCUGGGCAGCAUCAGUGAGUCAGGGCAGGGCUAUGAAUGCAGCACCCCCUCGGAGACAAACUGCUCCUUUGACCCCUCGGAGGAGACACCCUCAGGGGCUGUCCCUGUGCCCUGCCCACGUCGCUCUGUCACCCCCUCCGAGCCCGAGCUCUUCGCUUUGCCACCCGCGGCACCAGGACUGGCAGAGAAGCAGGAAACGUUGCAGAACUCUGGUGAGACAAUAACCAUGGACUUCACUCUCCCUGCAGACAUUAAUGAGGAGUUGCCUUUAAUUGCUGGAGCUGUGGAUUUGGACAGAGACCCUGAGGCAGUGGUGGCCCCUGCUCAAGUGUCCUUAUCGGUCACAGAUUUCGGUCUCAUCGGCAUUGGAGAUGUAAAUACUUUCCUGACUGCUCAUCAGGCUUGCCCAGCACCUGUGGCUCACUCAGAGCCUCUGUCACAGUGAAAGUCUCCAGUCACAAAUUUGUCACAGACCCAGCAAGGACUUUGACCUGACUGAGUGAAAUUCUGGAACUUCCACUGUCCUGUAGGGACAGUUUGGAGCUGUCGGUCGGAAUCCGUCUUUCCAUCCUCCUUGAUCCAAGGCUACAGUGAAACCAAACACCUUUCUGCUCCAGUGUAUCCUGACACAGUUGUGCAAAGUGGUGGCUGGCUUUCCUGAGUGGGGAGGUCCCUCACCCCCCUCCUGUGCUGGCCAUGUGUCACCCUGGGUGAUGCCAGUCUGCUCAGACAGUCCCUGCCUCGGGAUGGGGACGUGUCCCUUGGCCCCAGAGGGACAGUCUGAGGUGCUUUGAGAAGAAAGAUGUGUCACCAUCAUGGUGAGGGUGCAGGCUGGGGGUCUGAGAGCCUGGGAGGGCUGCAGGGCAGUUUCCUGCAGAGAUGGGCACGGUGAUGCCAAGGGAGGCUGAUCCCUCCUCCACGGGCAGCGUGCUGCAGAAGGAGCCACUCACCCUGUCCUCCUCCCAGCAGCCAUGGACAGGACAGACACACAGCUGCUGAUGGAUGGAAACACUGCUGUGAGCAGUGAGUAAGGGGGUCAUGCUGCUGACAAGUGCUUUGGAUAUGCUGGAGGGGGGAAAAUAAUCUAGGACAUCUCCCAUCACCUGUGCACAGCCCCUGGGACCACAGCAGGCUCAGGGAACGGGUGCCUGGCUGGCAGUGUCACCUUGAGUCCUGCCUGGGACACUAUCUCAGGCUUUAAAGAGAGGAUUGGGACAAGCUGGGCCUUAAGGACCAUGACAGCAGCUGGGCUCUCAUGCCAGGAGCUCUGGCAGCAGCCACGUGUUCUGACUCUCCACCAGCUGCAAGUGGGACAUGGCCUGGCCCAGCCCUUGGGCAGAAAUGUCAGGUUUUGGAAGGGGGUGGCAGCAGCCACGUGUUCUGACUUUCCACCUGGUGGGACAUGGCCUGGCCCAGCCCUUGGGCAGAAAUGUCAGGUUUUGGAAGGAGAUGCUGUGUGUGCAGCAGCAUCGUGUGCACUCGAGUCCUUCUCACCUCCCUGUGCAGUGCUGGGCCAGGGAGAAUUUCUGUGGGGAGGAACAGGAGGUUCUGGACUCAGAGUGCUGCUGGCCAAGAGCUGCUGCUGCUGCUGGCAGGGGAUGACCUGAUCUUGUCUGGGCUGAUCAGCCAGAGGGUAGAAUGCAGGUGAAAACAUCUGUAACUUCCCAGUUUGUUCCAGCAGUUUGUCAGCAGAGGGAGGAGGUUGCUCGGCUCCCAGGGUGUCUGGGAUGUGGGUGUUAGCACAGUCCCACAGCAUCCCUGUGCCACAAAACAGGCUGUGCUGAGAGGAAGGUGUGUCUUCUCUGCCAUGGAAGGUGCCAGGUGCUGUGCAGAGCCCCAGGAGCCUGUCCUUGGCUGUGCUGGAGUCCAAAGCUGCUUCAGUUCCCAGGUGUGUUGCAGGUGUGGGGUUGGCCAUGGCUCAGUUGUUCCCAUUCCCCUUUUCCCAUGCAGGGAAUUCUCUGUGCUCACCUGCUGGGCAAAGCUCCCACAAGAGCUGUGUUUCCUCCAGCUGUGCUCUGCAGCUGGGAAGGGGCUUGGGUUGAGGGUUUUGGUGAAUUUGGGGCUGUGAUUUCGGUGCAUUUGGCAGGUACCUAAACCCAGGAGGCUGCACCUUCCUUUACCUGGCUCUGGGAAGUUGUGCCCAGCCCUGCAGCAGGAGCAGGAAGACAGCUUCAAUGGGAUGUCAGGAUUGGAGCUUGUCUCACCUCCUAAGGCCCAGAUGUGGUCUGUGUGCUUUGCCAGGGGUUUGCUUUGGUGCCCAGCUCUGUGCUGAGCCCCAGGCGUGGCCAGAGGUGCUGAGCAGGGGCCUCCCCCUGUCCUCUGCUGGGAACAGAGAGCAAACACGAGUGCCUGCUCCACAGUGGAACUGCCCAGGUUGUGAUUCCCCUUCCCUGGGGGUGAGAGAGGCUCCGUGGCUGGAGGGAGAAGAGGAGGCAGGGUGAGAGCUCAGGCAGCCCUCCCAGGGAGGGCCAGGCCUUGGCAUCUCCUCCAUAGGCUGAGAACAUUCUUACUUUUCCUGAAACCAUUUUUUCUUUUGGUUUAUUUCAAGCCCUAGUGAAAGGAGAGGGGAGCUGGCUGAGGCAGAAAUCUCUCGAUGUCCUUCAGUGUUGUUUACAGAUUUGCAUGGGGUCUUUCAACAUGAGUGCAGCGCUUUUUCCACAUAACUUUGAGGGAGAGGGGUGAGAAAGGCUGGGACAGGGAGGGGGUUUGGUUCUGGUUGGUUGUUUUUUUUUUUUUUUUUUUUUUUUUUUGGUUGGGGUUUUCUUUUUUCCUUCUUACAAAGCACAUUCACUUUGAGCCGCUCCCAAUGCUGGACUCUUUUCUCCCUUGCCCCCCAGCCCUACACUGUGAAGUGACACUGCCUUGAAGACCCCUCGCCAUUAUUUAUUUAAUUAAAAACCUAAUUUGAAAGUGA